CCAAAACGGGCCGGGCCGCGGAAAGAAGGGAGGAAGCCGUGUAGAACGCGCUAAGGCAGGAACGGAGAACACGAACGAAGAGAGCAUGAGAGAGAAAACAUAAAAGCGACAGAUGGUUACGAUCGCAGUAUACAUUUGCAGGUGGUAAACUCGUGUGGGAAAUACAGUUGAGUUUAGGUUCCCACGAGUCGCUCGGCCCUGCUCCGAGUAUAAAAGCGGGACUCGGUACAAUUUUGUUUCAUUUCACAUCUCGUUCUCGUACCGUUCACAACGUACGUACAGCUCGUUUCGAAGUUUUACAAAGACGCACUCGUCUUUCGGAAUUUCAUCGCUAUCAGUUCAGUUUAGUGUGUGUUCGCUGGAGGAGUAACCAGUCGAAGAUAAACAAAAACAGUUUUUUUUCUGUUUCUGAGCGAGUGAGCAUUCCUCAAGAAAAAAAGUGAAGUGAAGUUAAGCAAAGUUCACAACAGAGCAAUACAGUCGAAAAGAGACACAGAAAAGUCGUGUGAAGUGAUCAACGUAAAAACGCAAAGUCAAACGGAAAACCACAAUGGUGUACGCAAACAUGGUAGCAGAGCCGUCGAUGGGCGGUAAAAUCGCUCAACCCAGUUCACUGGAACCGCUAUCCCGGACAUAUCAGUACCGUAAAGUGAUGAAGCCGAUGCUGGAACGGAAGCGUCGUGCUCGGAUCAACCGUUGCUUGGACGAGCUGAAAGAGCUGAUGGUUUGCGCUCUGCAGUCCGAGGGAGAAAACGUUUCGAAGCUGGAGAAGGCCGACAUCCUGGAGCUUACCGUUCGUCACUUCCACAAGCUACGCCGCCAGCAGCGCCUGACCGUCAAUCCAGCCAUCGAUGCCGACCGGUUCCGGGCCGGCUUUACCCAUGCCGCCAAUGAAGUAUCCCGCUGUCUAGCUUCCACGCCCGGAGUCGACAUCAAGCUUGGCACAAAGCUCAUGACCCACCUCGGUCACCGGCUGAACGAUAUGGACAAAGUGUCGCCCCUGUCCGUACAUGUCGAGCAGAACCUGCAGAGCCCUCCGAUCUCGCCGUUCUCAACCACCUCCUCCACCUCCGCAGUUGAUAUGCAAUCCUACCAGAUGCCACUGACCCCACAGUCGUUCCGUUCCGGCAGUGGCAACUCGAACAGUCCCUCGCCCAACCCUAGCGAGUGCUCGAAUGGUUCCGCCGCUGAUCAGUCCACUUCCGGCCUGCUCAAAAUUCAGGAAUCCGUGUGGCGGCCGUGGUAGAUCUCCAAAUUCAUCCAUCCAGCCACCGUUGAGUGGAACCGGUACCAGUGACAGCAAGACUUAUCACUCAAACGCAACCAAAUUCCUCAAUCCAGAGAUCUCAAGUGCCGCAUGCCACUGAAGGUGAGCAGGCAAAACAGAAGCGAAUGCAGUUGACAGUUAAUAAUUUCAUUCAAAACAAUCGUAUGGGUAUAGCUUUAAUAGGAGUUAGGACACUUUUUCACUCUAAUCGUUAAGGAGUUUGUGAUAUUACCGUUCUUUAGGGACUCUAGGUCUUAAGGUUAUCUUUUGUUAGUGUUUUUUCCGCUGAGAAAGAAUCUGUUUUAUUUCUGCAUUUUAGUUCAGAAGAAAUUUUUUUGCCAACCAGCAGCUAGACGUUUGUCGAGCAAGACUUAUUAGAUUGUUUAAAAAAAAUUGCGCAGUUCGCUGCAAUUGCUGUGAUUCACGAGAGCAAAACGAAACAGAAUCAAAAAACCGUUCUUUUUUCGCUACAAAAAAUCGAACAAUGUAAUAAAUAAACAAGAAAAACAAAUAUUUGAAAAAAUUAAA